CCAAUAUUCCUACCCACUUUUCAAUAUCUCAUUACUUUUCUUAUUUAAUUUGCCUUUUCUUCUUCUUCUUCUUCUUUUCCUAGCUUCUUCACAAUUGCAAGAUAUCACCCUUUUGCUCUACUUCUGAAGUUCCAUUCUUGUUAAGAAGUGAGUUUUGGUGGGAUUGUUACCAAAAACCAAUGCUUCCCACUUAUCCAGAUCUCACUUUGCUAUUCAGAGAUCCUCAUUUUGCUGUACAUUUUGGAGUUCUGGAAAAUCCUUUUGGUGGGGUCUUAUAAUAUAGGGUGCAGACACAGAUAUGUAUACGACAAAUCCCAGUUCCCUGUCUCUGGGGAUGUGGUCCCCACGGCAGUGGCGGAGCUGUUUGCUGAUUUCCCAUUUCAUUGAUCAUUUCUGCAGGCAAUGAAUUUGGGAGUGUGUUAAUCUGUUGAACAAUUAAAAGAUUGAAUCUUCAAUGUUUUUCCUCUUUGGAUAGGACUAUUGGAGUGUUCCCAAGUUGGUAAUACUUUCACCUGAAGGUGUAUUAUCUAGUGGAUUGAAGAUGUAUAUGGUAGAGAGCAAAGGUGGGGCUAUAGCUUGUAUGCUAUUGUCUCUGUUAUUGUUAGGGACAUGGCCAGCUUUAUUGACUUUGCUCGAAAGACGAGGGCGUCUUCCUCAACAUACUUACCUUGAUUAUACUAUUACCAAUCUGUUGGCUGCUGUGAUCAUUGCUUUAACCUUUGGUCAGUUUGGGCCAAGCACACCAGAAAUGCCUGAUUUCCUCACUCAACUCUCUCAGGAUAAUUGGCCGAGUGUCUUGUUUGCAAUGGCUGGAGGGAUGGUCCUCAGCCUUGGGAACCUUUCAACUCAAUAUGCUUGGGCUUUUGUUGGUUUAUCAGUCACUGAAGUGGUCUCUGCUAGUAUUACAGUUGUUAUAGGAACGACAUUGAAUUAUUACCUUGACGACAAAAUUAACAAAGCUGAGAUUCUUUUUCCUGGAGUUGGAUGUUUCUUGAUUGCCGUUUGUUUAGGCUCUGCUGUUCAUUCGUCCAACAACGCUGAUAACAAAACCAAGCUUGAUGAUUAUUCAAAUGACUGUAAAGAUGGAGUCGGGACUAAUGGAAUUUCUUCCUUCAAACAAACAAAUUUUAAUACAGGUGGUACAAAUGAUCUGGAGGAUGGUGGUUCUUCUGGGAAGGCAAAAUUUGGGACUGCGGCUUUCCUUAUAGAACUUGAGAACACGAGAUCAAUCAAGGUUUUCGGGAAGGGCACGUUCAUUGGUUUGGCCAUAACAUUUUUUGCUGGGAUUUGCUUCUCAAUGUUCUCGCCUGCAUUUAACCUAGCGACAAAUGAUCAAUGGCAUACUCUCAAAGAUGGAGUUCCGCACUUGACUGUCUAUACAGCAUUUUUCUACUUCUCAUCAUUUUGUUUUGUGAUUGCCAUGGUUCUGAACCUCACCUUCUUAUACUACCCUAUACUAAAUGCACCCAAGUCGUCGCUAAAGGCUUAUCUCAACGACUGGAAUGGCAGAGGUUGGGCCCUUUUGGCUGGACUUUUGUGUGGUUUUGGCAAUGGUCUACAAUUCAUGGGAGGUCAGGCUGCUGGAUACGCAGCUGCAGAUGCUGUUCAGGCACUGCCUCUUGUGAGCACAUUUUGGGGGGUGAUUUUGUUUGGAGAGUAUAGAAGAUCAUCAAGAAAAACAUAUACACUCCUUGCGGGCAUGCUGUUUAUGUUUACAGUAGCUGUUGCAAUUCUCAUGGCAUCGUCAGGUCAUCGGAAGUAGCCAUGUGUAUAAUAGUAAGAAACCAAUAUAAUGUUUCGUUUGUACAUAUCAUGUUUCUUUUUCUUGUUGCACCCUUGAAAUUAGUGAAAUAAUUUAGUCGAACGAAUGAGGAGGAUUGAUUUUUUUUACUCCUCUCGUUUAUAUGACGGUGUUUGAUUCGACAUAGAGUUUAGCAUGUUAAAUUGGCUUA